UAAAACGAUUAUCGUGGUAAACAACUGUGAACAUCAUUAUUCUUGUAUCAAAAGCUCAUUCUUCAAACCUCGUUAUGUGUCAAUACGAUUGUCAGUAACCGCCUAGUUACCUAAUCAUUACCAAACUCCAGCUAAUACAGAGUUUCGUCUUCCGUUUUCAUAAUAACUUGUGCUUCGACUUUCCUUUCCUCCCUCUCUCUAACAUUCGGCGGCCGUGACCUGGGAUCCAGACACCGUUUUUAAGAGUGGCGAAGAAACGUCAAAACCUAGAGGUCAAAAAUGAAGAUCUUCGUCAAGACACUUAAGGGCACCCACUUCGAGAUCGAAUUGAAACCGGAAGACACCGUGGCAGAUGUGAAAAAGAAAAUAGAAACGGUUCAGGGAUCAGAUGUCUACCCUGCUUCUCAGCAAAUGCUCAUCCAUCAGGGGAAAGUUCUCAAGGAUGAGACGACACUUGAGGAGAACAAAGUAGCUGAAAAAAGUUUCGUUGUCAUCAUGUUAAGCAAGAACAAGGCUUCAUCAAGUGGGGCUGCAACUGCAUCAACUGCAUCUUUGAGUAGGAACCAACCGGCAAGAAAUACUCCUCCACCAGCACAAUCUGUAACAGCAUCCCCGACUCCUGCAUCAACUUUGGCACCUCCACAAUCUGCCCCUGAAUCUGUUCCUGCCCCUGCCCCUGCCGCAGCUUCCUCAGAGACGGAUGUUUACGAUCAAGCAGCAUCAAAUCUUGUUGCUGGAAGUAACUUAGAGGCCACUGUUCAGCAAAUUCUUGAUAUGGGUGGAGGUAGUUGGGAUCGAGGUACUGUUAUACGAGCUUUACGUGCUGCAUAUAACAAUCCAGAGAGAGCUGUUGAAUACCUCUAUUCUGGUAUUCCUGAGCAAGCAGAAGUUCCUCCUCCUGUUGCUCAACCUCCUGCAGGUGUGCAGCCUGUGAAUCCUUCAAUCCAGGCAACAGAGCCAGUGGUGCCUUCGAGUGGACCCAAUGUCAAUCCUUUAGACCUUUUUCCACAGGGCAUGCCAAAUGUGGGUUCAAAUGCGACUGGUAACUUGGAUUUUCUUCGCAAUAGUCAACAGUUUCAAGCUCUGCGGGCCAUGGUGCAAGCCAAUCCUCAAAUCUUGCAGCCUAUGCUUCAAGAGCUGGGGAAGCAAAACCCACAAUUAGUGAGGUUGAUUCAAGAACAUCAGGCUGACUUUCUACGCCUAAUAAAUGAACCUGUUGAAGGGGAGGGGAACAUAGAAGGGCAACUUACCGAUGCAAUGCCGCAGACUGUGACUGUCACACCUGAAGAGCGGGAAGCAAUUGAACGUCUUGAAGCUAUGGGUUUUGAUCGAGCUUUGGUGUUGGAAGUAUUUUUCGCUUGCAACAAGAACGAGGAGCUGGCUGCAAACUAUCUAUUAGAUCAUAUGCACGAGUUUGACGAGUAAAAUGGUUUAAAAUGAAGUAGAUUCUUUUCUAUGGUUUCCUCUUUUCGCAUGCAAGAACUUUUCUCUUGCCAUGUGAAUUAACUAUUACGCUUUUUCAAAAACUCUGUACUUUGGAUACGAAAAAUAGAACUAUUCAAGUACUUGUCUUAUUAUUUAUUGUCCUUGGAGUGC